CGGCUGCAGCCCAUGGUCAGUCACAAAUGAAAGAUACUUAUGUUUUAUAACCAUGCCUGUCGUCGUUCUUUCCUGGGCCGGAGCGGUAGUGGCUGUGACGGUGCUGAUCCUUCGAGUUUGGAGGAACUGGCCGCAAAGGCUCGAUAAUCCUACGGAUGCAGUACAAUCAUUCCCCUACUCUGUGCCUUUCUUAAAAAGUACCAUUCCAUUUAUGUUCGAUGGACCAAGCUUUUUUCAUCAUGCGUCCCGCUAUUGUAAGGGAAACUGGCCCCUCCGCGUAAAUCUUAUCAACGAUGAGGUCUAUCUUGUUCAAGGGGCUAAAAAUAUCGCAUCUAUCUUCACAAGUCCUAAGCUCACAGUGACUAGAGCCUAUGCUAUCGCGUUGAAGUCCUGCUUUGGGAUGGAGCAGAAAGCUGUUGAUGUUUAUCUCACCGAUACGUCCGGGUCCUCGUAUCGGCCCAUUCCCGGAAGCCAAAUACCCUUGAACCAACGUGUGUGCUAUCGCACGCACGAGAACCUGGUGCAGGGCCUCUUGGGACCUGGGCUUGGCCCGACGACGGAGCGCAUAGAAGCAGCACUAUUCGCCUCGUUGGACAGGGCUGUACCGAAAUCCUCGGAGUGGGUAUGUGGGACAGACUUGAGCGAGUUCUUCGAGGAUCAUCUUGGAUCGGCCAUCCUGCAAUCCCUCUAUGGUUCACUUUUGAUCUCGAAAAACGCGGACUUCAAUCGGAAUCUGUGGCGGUAUGAUAAACAGAUCAUGACUAUGGCCAAGCGCCUGCCGUCCUGGCUUACCCCGGAAGCGUACAGUUUGCGGGAUGAACUUCUACUCUCUAUUAUGAGAUGGCACCAAGAAGCCACAUUCUUAUCAGAAACAAUGACAAUCUCUGAGCAAGCCAGUGAAGGUGGUGCUGAUCCAUACUGGGGCUCAGCCAUGAUGCGUGAAAGGCAUAAGAUGUUGCUGAGCAUCGAAGGGCAAGACCUCAAGUCGGUGGCAUCAACGGACCUCGGGCUCAUCUGGGCAACCGUCACGAACGUAGUUCCAUCCGCUAUGACGCUCUGCACCCACAUGUAUCGUGAUCGCUCUCUUGCCCAGGACAUCCGCUACACUGUACAGGAUUGCAUCCGGCCAACAACGACCUUGAGAUUCGACAUCGAAAAACUUGGACACCAGCCUUUGCUGCUUUCCAUGUACGCGGAGGCCUUGCGUUUCGGUGUCCAGAUCCACAUCCCCCGGUGCUCACCCCAUCAACCCCUUUCCAUGGGAGGUGCAAGCAUCCUGCCCAACAAACUGAUUUUAAUCAAUACGGCGCUUGCACACACCGACGAGUCUGCGUGGAACACGCGAAGUGGGGAGUAUCCUCUGGAUACAUUCUGGGCCCGGCGAUUCCUUAUCGACCCGACCGAUCCGAACACUGGGCCUUUGAAACACCGUUCUGAAGCAUUUGAUUCAACCAAAACAAAUAAUACGGAGAAGACCAAAACCUCAAACCCUAGUACAUUUUCCCUGAAAGGGCUUGAUGGAGUCUGGAUACCUUAUGGCGGGGGUCAACAUGCAUGUCCGGGUCGUCUCUUAGCCAAACGCAUUAUGUUGGUCGCAAGCGCCAUGAUGGUCACCAUGUUCGAUGUCGAAUUGCUGGCGCCGGACACGUUGCAGUUUGGAUCUCCGCGGUUCGGAUUUGGCGUACGCAAGCCCUCGGAACAGGUGCCUUUUCGCAUUAGGCGCAGGCAUUAGGCACAGAUAGGAAUUGUGAGCGAAAUACUGGGGUUCUUCGCUUUUCUGGUACUUUCGUCUUACGCCCGAUCGUUCAACGAGGAAAGGUACAUAUGUAUUAGACGAAUCACUACGUACUUAGGUGGCGGCAUAGUAUAAAGGGCAUACGCAGAAUAUUCUCUCAAAGGUAGCCGCAUAGGUCUAAA